GGUGAAUAAAUCGCCGGUGACGUCGGAGGAAAACGGUGGUGUUAUGGAAAAAUCUAGUAGUUAUAUUACGUAAGCAGAAAACGUGGAGAGAUUUUUCCUUUCUCUGUAGUUGGAAAGUUUUUCUCAAUGGAGGGAUUUUGUAUUCAAAACUCAGUUCUGCUCUCACUUCUUCUUGUUCUACAUCUCUUAUUAAUCUCCAACUGUUUUGCUUCGAGUCAAAACGGCGACGUUGACGAACGGGUUCGGAUCCAGGUCCGGGUCGGUUUGGUUUUGGAUUUGGGUUCCGUGGAAGGGAAGAUAGUGAGAAGCUCUGUUUCCAUGGCGCUUUCCGAUUUCUAUGUCAUUAACAGUCAUUUCAAAACAAGAGUCUCUCUUUCAGUUAAAAACUCUCAUGGAGAGCCUCUUCUUGCUCUCGCUUCUGCUACAGAUUUGCUGCAAACUGAAGGAGUAGAAGCGAUUAUUGGCGGGAAUUCGUUGCUGGAAACGAAGCUUUUGGCGGAACUUGGGGAGAAAGCUAGGGCUCCUGUGAUUUCACUUAACUCUCCGAUUUCAUGUUCAUUGAGCGGAUACAGUCACUUGAUCCAAGCCACACAUGAUUCUGCCUCUGAGGCUAAGGGUAUUACAGCUUUCAUCAAUGGGUUUGAUUGGAACAGUGUUGCUUUUGUUUAUGAAGAUCAUGAUGAUUGGAGAGAGUCUAUGUAUAUUAUGGUGGAGCAUUUACAUGAGAGCAAAGUUCGUGUACAGUCCAAGAUUGGUUUUACUGUCUCUUCAAGUGAAGAUUUUGUGACGGAUCGGUUACAGAAGCUGAAGGAAUUGGGAACUACUGUCUUUGUUGUUCACUUGUCUGAAGUUAUUGCAACUCAUCUCUUCCCAUGUGCUGAGAAAUUAGGGUUGAUGGGUGAAGGGUUUGCUUGGAUUCUCACUGCCGAAAGCAUGAGCAGUUUUCAUGAGUCUAUUGAUGAUUUUGCAAAGGAGGCAAUGGAAGGUGUGGUUGGUUUCAAGUCUUAUAUACCAAUGUCUAAAGAACUUCAAAAUUUCACUUUGAGAUGGAGAAGAUCACUGCCAGUUGAAGAAACAGAGAUAACUCGGUUGAGUAUCUCUGGUGCAUGGGCUCAUGAUAUAGCUUGGGGUUUGGCGAGUGCAGCUGAAGUUACAAGGAUGCCAAAUGUAUCAUCAACUUUCCUUGAAGCAAUCACAGAGAGUAGGUUUAAGGGUUUGAUUGGUGAUUUCCAAUUGCAUGAUAAGAAGUUGUUAUCAAACAAGUUUGAGAUUGUGAAUAUGAUAGGAUCAGGUGAGAGAAGAGUAGGAUUUUGGAAUUCUAAUGGUAGUUUCAGCAAUAGAAGACAUUUAUCUACUACUCAUGACAAGCUGGAGACCAUAAUUUGGCCUGGUGGGUCUGCUCAAAGUCCGAAAGGGAGUAGUCUACAAGAGAGCGGUAGAAAAAAGCUGAGGGUUCUUGUUACAUCUAGCAAUAGAUUCCCAAGACUGAUGAAGGUAGAGACUGAUUCAGCAACAAAUGAUAUAACAAAUGUCGAAGGGUUCUGUAUUGAAGUCUUUCAGGCUUCCAUUGCACCUUUCAACUAUGAAGUGGAGUACAUACGUUGGCGCAAUGGAAGUAACUACGACAAUCUUGCAUAUGCACUUCAUAGCCAGAAAGACAAAUAUGAUGUGGCCGUGGGAGAUAUUACAAUCACCUCUAAUAGAUCCACGUAUGUUGAUUUUACGUUGCCAUUCACCGAAAUGGGUCUUGGGAUUGUAGCAGCAAAGGAGAGAAGUAUGUGGGUGUUCUUUCAACCUCUAACACCAGACCUUUGGAUAACAAGUGCAGCUUUCUUUGUCUUGACGGGUAUUAUAGUUUGGUUGAUAGAAAGACCUGAGAACACUGAGUUCCAAGGAUCUUGGUCACAACAAAUUGGAAUUGUGUUUUGGUUUGGCUUCUCUACCCUUGUUUAUGCUCAUAGGGAGAGGCUAAAACACAACUUGUCAAGAUUUGUAGUUACAGUUUGGGUAUUUGCAGUGCUCAUAUUGGUUACAAGUUACACUGCAACGUUGACAUCAAUGAUGACGGUUCAACAAAUACGAUUCAACUCCAAUGACUAUGUUGGUCACCUCUCGGGCUCCCUCAUUUCAAACGCGGCCCUCACCAAUUCCAGCCUCCGAGCAAUGAGAUUAUUGGGUCUCAAUACUUCAGAAGAUUAUGCUCAAGCCUUGUUGAACAAAAGUGUCUCAUAUAUUGUCAGUGAGUUACCAUACCUCAAAGUCCUACUUGGCGAGUAUCCUGCACAUUUUCUCAUGGUCAAGACACAAUCUACCACCAAUGGUUUUGGCUUUAUGUUUCAGAAGGGAUCCGAGUUGGUGCAUAAUGUGUCCCGGGAGAUCGCGAAGCUAAGGACGAGCGAGAGGCUAAGUGAGAUGGAGAGAAGAUGGUUUGAUAAACAGCUUCCAUACACAACCGAUGAUACAUCAAAUCCUAUAACCCUUUAUAGAUUCCGCGGUUUGUUUAUGAUCACCGGAGUUUCAUUCGCUUUCGCUCUUGCAGUACUUCUCAUUCUUUGGCUCCGAGAAAGAUGGGAAAUUCUUGUGAAUUCGGUCAGUAUAUACCUCUCACGACGACUUAGACAUUUCAUGAUCGUCUUCACAAGAACUAUCCAUCCUAUUCCCCUCGAUAACCCCAUUGGUCAGAAUGCGGUUCAAAAUGGGUCACUACCGUAAUAGACGAUAGGAACUGAUUAACAUAGAGAAAACAGUUGUUGUCUCUAACUCUAACUCUGACCUUGGAGCCUCAGAGAACAACCUUGCCGUUCUUCCUCCAAUGGUCCACUAGUUGAAACUAAAAUUGUAUCAAACUA